AUUUUUCUUUCUAUCCUAGACUUUUCUCCAAUACUCUAGAAGUUUUUUUACAUUUCAACAACUCUAUCUUAGAUUUUUCUAGAUUGUUCUAGAAUUUGCAUUAUACUUUAAUAUUUUGAUUAGUCACUCUCUGUUAUCAUGUUCUAUCCCUCAACAAGAACCACACCCUCAGAGGUUCUACUCUCUCCUGCUUCCAAUUUUUUUGUGACUGAUCCUCCAGGUGUAUCACUGGGAUCCUCCGUCAAAUUGCUUCUGGACGAGGUCUUCUACAAAAGCUGGAGCGAACUGAAAGGAUCAAUCCUAGAAGGGGGUGUAGCAUUCGACAGGGCCCAUGGCAUGCAUGCCUUCGAAUAUCCACGUGUGGAUCCCAGGUUUAACGAGGUUUUCAACAAAGGUAUGAUAGGCCUCACCACUGUGAUUAUGAAGAGGAUUCUCGAGUUAUACGAUGGUUUUGAGCAUGUCUCUAGGCUCGUCGACGUUGGUGGAGGUUAUGGGGUCAACCUCAAAUUGAUCAAAUCCAAAUACCCUCACAUUGAGGCUAUUAAUUUUGACUUGCCUCAUGUGGUCGAAAAUGCCCCUCUCCAUCCAGGUGUGGAGCAUGUGGGAGGAGACAUGUUUGAAAGCGUUCCUUCAGGAGAUGCCAUUUUUAUGAAGUGGGUACUUCAUGAUUGGAGUGAUGAACAUUGCGUGAAGGUGUUGAAGAAUUGCUACAAAGGGAUUGGUGAUGAUGGAAAAGUUAUUGUGGUGGAGUCAAUUGUGUCGAUGGUGGCUGAGACAAGUGUUACUGCGAAGGGUGCUUUGGGAUCUGAUCUCAUAAUGAUGACUCAAAACCCAGGAGGGAAAGAGCGAACACGCCAACAAAUGAUAGAAUUGGCAGAAGCAUCUGGGUUCAGUGGGGUCAGAUUCAUAUGCUCUGUAUGUGGCACCUGGGUUAUGGAGUUCUACAAGUAAUCAAUGUUAUUAUGCAGAAUGUGAAGUUCUAUCACAGAACAAGGGAAACUAUAGUGCUCAUAAGAUAGUCUCCAUGAAUAAUAUAUUAUCAUAAGUUGCUUGGAAACAUUUUUCCUUUAAACAGGCUUUUAAAUAAGGUGGUCAAGUUAUGUUUUUAAUUAAUUAGGUCAACUUAUAGAUAUAAAAGGAUUUAUAAAUUUGAA